ACGGCGUAAACGAACACGGUCUCUUCUUCUGUUUCGCAGGCUGUUGGCAUUCGUCAGAUACCGUGCGCAUUUUUCGUCGUCCAUAUGCACAUCGCCGUCGGUGCGAAGGAGAAGUAACAAGCUCCGCUGCGCCUGCGCCAAACUACCCUGCGAUGAAUUCUACCGCACCUGCGCCGUACAGCCACUGGGUUUCUUAAAGGGAGGACCAAGCCAUCACCGAGACCACUUGGCAGCAGUGGUUGCGGCGGAAAAAACGGCGUAAACGAACACGGUCUCUUCUUCUGUUUCGCAGGUUGGUGCUGUUUCUAUGCCCGCUGUAAAUUUGGUUGUGCCGCAACUACUGCUGCUACUGCUGGUGCUGCUGUGUAAACUACUGUUCUCAUUUGUCGUUUUGUGCAACUAUGCCCCGAGAUAGAACAUGUUCUGUGUGCGAUAAGCCGUUCACUGGGGACGUCGUAUGGAUUGAAUGUAGCGACUGUUGUCAAGCAUUUCACGCCGGCAAAUGUGCUGGAAUUUCUGAAGCAACUAUCAAGUCCAAAGGGCAGGCAUACUGCGAUGCAUGGCGCUGCCCUACCUUUAGACGGGCGAGGUUGCGAGCAGCAUCAGCUGAAUCAAAAGAAGCGGGCAGUGAGGCCGACAUGCAAGAUGUCCGAAUUUGGAUGAAAGCUAUUAACGACAAGCUGGAUAAACUAGUACUGCUCAAAGAAACAGUUGAGAGCAUUGACGACGCGGUGCAAUACUUGAGUGAGAAAUACGACGAAAUACUAAAAAAAACGGAACAAAACGAGCGUGACGUCAAGGACAUUAAGCGCAGAUUGGAAAAGGUUGAGAUGCGGGACCAAGAAGUAGCUGAAGUGCAGGCAGAAGUAGAUAAUCUUGAGUGGAGGAGCCGCAGACUCAACCUAGAAUUCCAUGGAAUACAGGAAACGGAAGAUGAAAACUUGCUAGAAGCGAUCAAUGCAAUGGCAAUUAAACACCAGUUCCCGCCACUCGCAGAAAGUGAUGUGGUCGCCAUUCAUCGGCUUCCGCCCAGAAAAGAUAAGACGCCGGUCGUUAUCUGUCGUUUUGCGAAGCAAGCGGACCGAGAUUUCUGGUGGAAAAACAGAAAGAAACUGAGCAGCCUAAAUGAGCACUUCUUCUUGACGGAAAACCUGACCAAAAGAGCGCGUGCGCUGUUGUUUGAGGCAAAGAACUGGGCUAAAGAAGCGAACUUCAAGUAUGCAUGGCACUCAAACAGGAAAGUUCUAGUGCGUAAAGCUGAUGGGGAGAAAGCCAUACGCAUCGCAAAUGCUAGUGAUCUAAACAAACUAAGCUAAAGAAAGAAGAAAUGAUCGGCUCAACAUGGCUUGCGUAGGAAACGAUUCUUAUGUGCUUCCAGAAGCGUUUUCGCAGAGUUUAGGAAAUUUCUAUUCAAACUCGUUUGAAUGUUUUCACUUGAAUGUGCAAUCGGUAAAUAAUAAACAGUCCGACCUUAGCCUUUUUUUCGAACAAUUAAAUCAUGUAUUCGACGUCAUAAUGUUAACUGAAACAUGGUUAACAGAUAAAGCCAGCGUGUUUCGCUUGCCUUCGUACAAUACGUUCUACCUUAAUCGAAUUUCUGGUCGUGGCGGUGGCGUAUGUAUUCUAGUGAAAAAGGUCCUUGACUGUGACCUAAUUCAAAAUUUCACCCACUCUUGCAAUGACUUCGAAUUUCUAUCAGUUAAACUACAAAAUGUGGUUCUUGCCGUUUGUUAUAGACCACCAAACGGCGAAACGGCAUCCUUUCUGGAUUACCUGGACACGUUUUUUGCGUUCACUAACACAAAUCGUUUAGACGUUGUGUGUGGCGGUGACAUGAACAUAAAUAUGCUCAAACAGGAAGCUAUAGUACAAAAAUUUGAUAUUUUGCUGAAAUCUCAUUGCUUUUCAAAUAUGAUCACUGUCCCUACGAGAAUCACACAAAUGUCUUCGUCCUUGAUUGAUUUGUUCUUAACAAAUAUACCGACAGAAAACCUCAA